UGUGCUCAGCUGAAAAUGGCGGACCGAAGCAGAUCGCUUUAACUUUAUCGCACAAUAACAAGGAUAACAAACUACACAGCUAAAAUUAUAUAAAAUGGAUACAAACUUCAGCGAGAACUUAUAGAAACCAUUCUACAGGAUAACAUACAGACCACAACAACCCAAGGAGUUCUUUCAGUGGUAAAGUGAAAAGUCAUGGAAGACCAGAACCCACGUUACAGCAAGCGCUUGCGUACAGGGACGCGGCGGCGCUACCUCGAUGAUGGGAUCUCGGACGAUGAGAUUGAGGGGAAGAGGACCUUUGACCUGGAUGAGAAGCUGUUGAGUGACCGGUUCAACUCCAACCUGGUUAAACACAUGGAGGGAAAAGACUUCACAUUCGAGUACAUCCAGAGGGAGGGGCUAAGAGACCCUCUCAUCUUUGAGAAAAAAGACGGCCUCGGCUUAGAGAUGCCAGACUCUGAUUUCAGUGUGAGUGAUGUCAAGCUGUUCGUAGGCAGUCGGAGGAUGGUUGACGUUAUGGAUGUGACCACUCAGAAGGGCAUCGAGAUGUCCAUGGCCCAAUGGCGGCGGUACUACGAGACCCCGCCCUCGGAGCGAGAUAAGCUCUAUAACGUCAUCAGCUUGGAGUUCAGUCACACCAAGCUGGAGAACCUGGUGAAACGACCCACCUCGGUGGAUUUGAUAGACUGGGUGGACAACAUGUGGCCAAGGCACCUGAAGGAGAGACAGAGAGACUCAACCAACUCUAUCAUAGACAUGCAGUAUCCCAAAGUGCAGAAAUACUGUCUGAUGAGUGUCCAGGGCUGCUUCACAGACUUCCACGUUGACUUUGGUGGUACGUCGGUCUGGUACCACAUCCUGCGGGGGGGCAAGGUGUUCUGGCUGAUCCCGCCCACACCCCAGAACUUGGAGCUGUAUGAGGACUGGGUGUUGUCAGGGAAACAAGGGGACAUCUUCCUGGGAGACAAGGCCCAGGACUGUCAGAGGAUAGAGCUGAAGCAGGGCUACACCUUCAUGAUCCCCUCCGGUUGGAUCCAUGCUGUCUACACCCCUGAGGACACACUGGUGUUUGGGGGAAACUUCCUCCACAGCUUCAACAUCCCCAUGCAGCUCAACAUCUACAACAUCGAGGACCGCACACGAGUCCCGGCUAAGUUCAGAUACCCCUUCUAUUAUGAGAUGUGCUGGUACGUUCUGGAAAGAUACCUCUACUGCCUGACCAACACCUCUCACCUCACCCCUGAGUUCCAGAAGCACUCGCUUGGUGUUGGUCUGACUCGUGAAGACUCGGAGAACAAACUCAACGGCCACACGAAAAACGGCACAUCGGAGGAGAAGAAAGAGGGAGACGAUGAUGAGGAAGAAAAGGAGGAGGAACGAGAGAUGAAGGUGAAAACGGAAGAGUCUGAUGAGGAUGACUCCCCUGCUCCGGGUGCGAGGGUAAACCUGACCCCUCUGGAGCUGGAGGGGCUGUGGAACCUGCUGGGGAAGCUGGAGGAGCUGCCAGCCCACAAGAAGUGUGUCCCCGCAGGCAUUCGCAACGCCCCUGCCCUGCUCCACGACAUACGGGCUCUUCUGGAAGAACACUGCAACGACGACCCCAAGCUGUCUUACACUGGAAAGCCCAUCGUCAAGUGGCCCAAGAGGCCCUCGUGGUACCAGCCCCCUUCCCCUCCCCCCUCGGUGGUGUACCGUCCUCGCCUCGCCAUGCCCCACAGGCCCAUGGUCCCACGCCCCGCCAAGCCUGCCUCCUCUAUCUCGGCUCUGAGACGGCGGCGCGUGCGCUGCAAACACUGUGCAGCCUGCCAGAGGAAGGAGUGUGGCGAAUGCAACUUCUGCAAAGACAUGAGGAGGUUCGGAGGACCCGGGCGCAUGAAGAAGGGCUGCAUGAUGCGCCAGUGUCUCGCUCCUGGCCUGCCUAACUCAGCAGUGUGUGCUCUGUGUGGAGAGGGCCAGGGGAAGCAGGAGUUUGCAGACGCAAGCCCCUCCUCCACAACCCUCAUGGAAUGCUCCAACUGUGCUCAGAUCGCCCACCCCGACUGCAUCAAGGUGCCUGGGGAGGGCAGGAUCAACAAGGACCUGCCCAGCUGCUGGGAGUGUCCCAAAUGUUACCAGGGCAAAGUAGGCUCCUCAUCAGAGUCGUCCAGCAGUGAUGAGGACAGCAUGGUGUCUACAGGUUCUCUCUCUACGUCGAGGCCGUCAAAGCAUGCCCACCGGGAAGGGAUAGGAGUAGGGGAUGCAGGAGGUGGGGUGAGGAAGGGGCGACGUGGCAGACCCCCCCUGACGUCCUCUCUGUCCCAGCGGAGAGCGCCCCCUCCCUCUCAGCGGCUGCUACUGCAGCAACAACAGAACAGGAAGAGAGCUGGAGCACUGGAGCUAAGACUCCGGAAGAGGAUCAAACUGGAGCGCAGCAAAAUCUUACAAUCAAAGCAGACGUCGUCUCUGGAGUGUUCUCCCAAGCUCCUGGGCUCCCAGGGUCUGGGCCACCUCCAGAGAGGGUUGUCCUCUCGCCUUCACUCCCCUGUCGGCAGACUGUCCCGGGGCCGUGGGUCCUUCAGAGGCUCCCACUACCGCUCCCCUACAAGGGCACGACUACAGCCCCCCCAACCCUCCCUCAGCCUGGCCCCCGCAGGCAGGGGAGAGGGGCGCAGGGGGCGAGGCGUACGGCUCAGAGGAGGAGCAGCAGGGAGAGGAAGAGGAGGACAGAGACACGGCGGAGCAGAGGAAGAGAGUGAUAGCAGCAGUAGCAGUAGCAGCAGCAGCAGUAGUAGUAGUAGUAGUAGUAGUGAUGAGGAGGAGGAGGAGGAGGAGAGGGAGAACGGCGUGCGGGGUGGCAGACGGGACAAAGAAAACCGGCCACAGAGACAAGGAAGAGGAGCAGCCAAAGAAGAAGAAAAGGAAGAGAGUGGGCAGUCCAACCAAAAUGGAGAAGAAGAGGAGGAGAUGGAUGAAGACGGGAGGGAUGGAGGACAGGCACAGGCGGCGCCACCGGUCCUCGUAGUGUCGGACCUUAGCGACGACCUCAUGAAGGGCUCGUAUCUCACAGUGACCCUACAGCCGUCGAGGGCCAAACGUGAUCCAGGGGCCAUCGUCCCCAAACUGGAGGCUGCAGUCACCCCUCGCCCUGCCCCUCCCGGCCAGAGUUGCAUGCAACGCAAGAAUCUGGCCCGACCACCCCUCAGGAACCACGCCCCAGACCCUGCACCCUCACACUCAGACAGACACACACACAUCCGGGGAAGCAACACACACACACGCGGCUCCCAUCCAGACGAGAGGAGAACGAGGCCGGGCAGACCAGAGAGAACAAACAACGGAGCUUCCUCCUCCCGUGUUCCCCCUCUACGCCUCCCUCUGUCGGCUUUACAGGAUGGGGGGAGCGAGGCAGGUGGGGAGAGGGAGGUGGCGAAUGGAGGGAGCGAGCCGGGCUGUGAGAGAGAAGUGUGGGUAUCAGUCUUCCGUUACCUGACUCGUGCCGAGCUCUGUGUCUGCAUGGCUGUCUGCAAGAACUGGUACAAAUGGAGCUUGGAUAAGAGGCUGUGGAUGCGGAUCAAUCUGAGCGUGUCUAAAGCGAUCAGUCCUCAGGCCCUGUCGGGCAUCAUCAAACGCCAGCCAGUCACCCUGGAACUCUCAUGGACCUCCAUCUCCAAGAAACAACUCACGUGGCUCAUCAACCGCCUGCCAGGGCUGAAGGAUCUCAUGUUGUCUGGGUGCUCCUGGUCUUCUAUUUCGGCUCUGAGCUCGACCAGUUGCCCCCUCCUGCGCACACUGGACCUGCGGUGGGCCGACGGGGUCAAAGAUGGACAGAUCCGGGACCUGCUCAACCCCCCAGGUUGUGAUAACCGCAGUCAGCUAAGGAACAUGCAGUCUUUCCGUCUGGCGGGGCUGGAGAUCAGUGACUCUACUCUGAGGCUGGUGAUCAGACACAUGCCCCUGCUGACCCGUCUGGACCUGUCCCACUGUGGAGGCCUCACUGACCAGUCCAUCAACCUGCUCACUGCCGUGGGCUCCUCCACACGCAACACACUCACUGAGCUCAACCUGGGGGGCUGCAGUAAGCUGACAGACACGUGUCUGCAGUACCUCCGCCGGCUCUCCUGCCUCUCCCUGCUGGACCUGCGGGAAUGCAAGGGUGUCUCCCGUAAAGCCUGCGAGGCCUUCAUCUCUGAGCUGUCCGUCAACACCCUCUACUGCCUAUCAGAGGACAAACUGAUCCAGAGGAUAUCCUAGAGCCUGCCUCCUCUGUCUGGGACAGGGGGUACAGGGAGAAGUUGGGGACAUCUCUGUGUGACAGAGAAAAGACUGUAGAAGGACAGGGAGGCUUAAAAGCACCUGCACUCUCUGAAGGGAGCGGGAAUGGAGCGCGAUUAGUUACUACACACUUAGUGGGAGCAGGGUUUCUUUCCAUGUUGUAUACAUUUCUUUUUUUGACUAAACCAGACAAGAGACUCAGGAGUUUGGGUUCAGGCGCCUACGCUGCGUGAUGAAAGUGGAGGGGGAGGUCGGGGGUUCCUGUGAGGGUGGCACUAUGGGUGUGGCGGUCAUCCCAGACAGGGUUCUCUCCUUACCCUGGGGGUUCUAAGUGCUUUAUGACAAGGCCAUCUAUACCCAAAGGUGUGGGCUGUGGACUAACUCUUCCAGGAGUACUGUGGUCAGGUAGCCCCAUCCUGAGACAGAGGGGCGCCUAUGAGGGAUUCAGGGACGGUGCGAGAGGGCAAUCGACAUGGUGACGAGACCACUCCAAAAUAAGGGUGGGGUAUGAAUGAAAGGGAGUAGAAGGGGGUGACAGGGUAAAUGGUGCGAUCUCAAACAACCGUUAGAAUUCAGGUGCUAUCACUCCCAAAACUCACCCUGUUUUGUACAAAUAUGAAUCUAGGACAACCGUCUCUAUUCUAGAAAAUACCCUCACCCCACUUUGAUGCAUUUUCUGUUUCCCAUGGAUAAAAUGUGAGUUCCUUUCAGUUUCUUUUUACUUGUUACGAUUCAGUGUAUAAAUGUAUGAUUUGCUGUCAUUAUUCUGUCCUGUUACCAUUUGGUCUACUGCUUCUAAUGGAUGCUUAUUUCUUUCCCACACCACUCCCUCCCUGCCAAAUCUAAAAGAAUAUAAAUAUAUACUUUUGUCUAAAUGUUUCCCUCUUUUAGAAGAUGAAGAAAAAAUCCUGUAGCAUUGUAAUUAUUUUCAGAAACCUUUUUCACUUAUGUUUUUGUGUUUUUUCAAGAAAAUUAAAAAUUAAAGAUCAA